AUGCUGAUGCCACCGCCUGGUUUGCAGCCGCAGUUCAUGUUCUGCACCUUCACGAGCAUCCUCGCCGCGGCGACCGCGCGCCCGCGCGUCUCAAGCCCAACAGUCCGCUUCGGCGGCCCUCUUCCUCCCGGAUCUUGCAUGCAAGCCGGCGGCGGGUGGCGAGCGAACGACGGAGUCGCGGACACUUCUCGAGUCCCAACCAAGGAUUCUGUCAAGACCGAGGCCCCGCCGGAUGCGGCGUCCGCCCCUCUCACGACCCUUGAGGCGUCCAUCGGCCUCCUUGCCCCGCUCGGCCCGCCAACGACCAAGCCGGCGGGCGGCGGGCGAGCGGCAGCGCCCCGGCACCUCCUCUUCCUCCAGAGCGACCGGGCCGUCGAUGCGCGUCUGAAGGCCGCGCUGGGGGAGUUUGCGUGUCCUGCAGAGCUCCGCUCCACCCGGAUCUCCGACUCGAACGCGGUCGAGUCCGAUCGCUUCUCCGUCUCAAGCGGCUACGCCGACCGGCAGCGCGCCUGCGCCUCCUUUGCCCGCGCCAACUCCUCGCUGCUCGAGGACGAGCUGAAUCGGGCGGAUCAGGUGCGCACCCGCCACCCCGCCACGGCGGGAGGUCACCUUGCGCUCGAGUCCGAGGAGCCACCAGGCUGCUUGGCCGCCUCUGGCAAGGCCCAGGCGUCGCUGCCCAUCCCGGCCCAGUCUGGGUACACUCUCAUCGCGGGCGCCGUCCGGAUCGAACCGGACUCCGCCAGCCCUUCUCUUUUCUCUGGUCUCACGGUCGCUGCCGGGCAGCUGGUCGAGACGAGCCUCGUGCGCGCAGGAGCCUUUGUGCUACUCAGCAAAUUCACUUCGCUCAAACCAGCCGCCGUGGCCACCGCCGCGCUGUGCUUCGGCAGGGCGGCCGCGUCUCCCACGGAUCCACAAGGCGAGGAGGGGGAGGAGUACGAGGAGUACGAGGGCGAGGAGUACGAGGGCGAGGAGGGGCAGGGGGAGGAGUACGGCGGCGUUGUGCACGCGAACAACGCAGGCGACAUCGAGAUCAUCGACUCGACUAUGACAGGGUGCUCGGCUGAGUCUGGCGGCGUCGUCGCCGCGUAUGAGAGCGGUGCGGUCUCGAUCAUCGGCUCGACCGUGACGAGCUGCUCGGCUGAAGCUGAGGGCGGCGGCGUCGUCUUGGCGGUUGAGAGCGGUGCGGUCUCGAUAAGCGACUCGACCGUGUCGGGCUGCUCGGCUGAACGGUACGGCGGCGUCGUCUACGCGGAGGGCAGCGGUGCGGUCUCGAUAAUCGGCUCCACCGUGUCGGGCUGCUCUACUGGCUAUGAGGGCGGCGUCGUUGCCAUGGCGAGCAGCGGUGCGGUCUCGAUAAUCGGCUCGACCGUGACCGGCUGCUCUUCGGACAAAGAGGGCGGCGUCGUCUACGCGGAGGAGAGCGGUGCGGUCUCGAUAAACGGCUCCACCGUGACGAGCUGCUCUGCUAGAGAGGGCGGCGUCGUCUACGCCUGGUACGCGGAGGACAGCGGUGCGGUCUCGAUCAUCGGCUCGACCGUGUCGGGCUGCUCGGCUGAACGGUACGGCGGCGUCGUCUACGUCUACGCGUAUGAGAGCGGUGCGGUCUCGAUAAGCGGCUCGACCGUGUCGGGCUGCUCUGCUGGCUAUGAGGGCGGCGUCGUCUACGCGGAGGACAGCGGUGCGGUCUCGAUAAUCGGCUCCACCGUGUCGGGCUGCUCUGCUGGAGUCAAGAUCCUGUUUGGCUUCUACCAGAUCAGCACCGUCUUGUCCUCCACCUACUCGGCGCGGUUGCCGCGAGAGUACACGCGCUGGACGGACAAGCUGGCCAACGCCGUCUCCAUCGACUGGGCUGGCUUUUUCCUGCCGGAGCAGUGCCUCGGCUACGGCCUGCGGCUCCUCGUCAUCGCUCUCUCCCCCGUCGCCCUCAUCGCGCUGCUAAUGGGAGCGGGAAUAAGUCAGCGGCUCCUGCACCGCUGGCGUGCUGCCCCGGCGCCGCGCGAGAGAUCGUGGUACGCGGAGGCGGCCCUCGGCCUCCUGGACCUCACGCCGGCCGGCCUCGUGCUCGUCUUCUGCUUCGCCUACACCGUCUCCCCGCCCGACGAGUCGCCGCGGCAGGUCUCCUACAUGCGGCAGGACGCGAGCGUCAAGUGUGGCACCGGCGAGCACGAGUCCAUCACCGACCUCGCCAUCGGCCUCAUCGUCCUCUGGCCCGCCGGCUCGCUGGUCCUCUUCACGUCGCUCCUCGCCGCCUGCUACAAGCCGCUGCAGGCCAAGACGCCGACUGCGCUGACCCGGGCCACCGCCUUCCUCCACCGGGAGUACGAGAAGACCUGGUACUGGUGGGAGGCGGUCGAGCUGGCGCGCAAGCUCGUGCUCACGGGCUUUGUGCUGCUGAUAACGGAGGAGCGCGCCUUUGUUCGCCUCGUGGUGGCGACCCUGAUCUGCUCCUGCUACGCCGUCGCACUCGCCGUCGUGCGGCCGUACAAGCGGGUCGAGGACAACGUGCUCGCCGUCGCCACCAGUCUCGUGCUCCUCCUUCUCUUCCUCGGCACCAACUGGAGCACCAUCUUCCUCGGCAUCAAAGAACGCUCCGGGGUCGAUGAUGCCAACGCAGUCCUUGGCUUCCGCAGCCUCAAUGGGGUAGUCAACUCGAUGAUCGUCCUCGUCGCAGUCGUGCUCGCCUUCUUCCUCGUGGGCGCCAUCGUUGCCGCCCGCCGCGUCGCCAAGAUCCCCACGAUCCGACUCGUCUCGACCAAGCAGCCCCCCGAGAUGAGCAUCGGGACUGGCCUCACGUGGCACCUCUUCAACAGCCACAUCUGGACGCCGUCGCCGUCAUCAAGGGUAGAUGAUCUCAAAGACAUUGGGGCGCUGGAGGAGUACAUCCAGCGCUCGCAGAACUGCCUCCGCGAGAUCCGCUCGUCGCUCGAGAAGGACAAGCCGCUGGUCCUCGUCCAAGAAGCGGACCCUGACAAGGGCGGCGGGACGCUGCAGGCGCUGCGCGCAGAGUGCCCCGAGGAGCUGCAGCCGGCCAUCUUUGACAACGACUGGCCGCUCACGAUCUGGUAUCGCAUCGAUGAGUUUCAGCUCAUCUCGCUCAAGAUCAUCGCCGAGGCGCCGCCGGCCACAGCCAGCCGCUACGCAGUCCUCUCUGUCUCCCGACCGACCCCACUUGAACCACAGGCGCUGCUCCUCUGCUCGCCCAACUAUCUGAACCAGACCUCCCUCCCGCUCUGCGUGUCGGGCGAGCCCGAGAGCCAGUCGCUCGCCUUUUCCAAACGGGUCACGGUCUGGGCCUCGCCGGCCAACGCGGGCGCACUGGACUUGGCCAACGAGAUCGCCGCCGCCUUCACCGGCCUCACGAUCUCCACCACCGACGAUCGGCCGGCCACCGCGACCCACAUGCUGCUCUACCUCAACGAGGACAGCUUCGUCAGCGACGAGCGGCUGGCCGAGCAGGAGCUCAUCGCCGGCGGACUCUACAAGGACCUGGCAAAGUCGUGCUUCCCCGGGCGCCACCGCAAGGCGCGCUCUGUGUCGCUCGUGCUUCUGGCAAAGAGCCUCGGCGCGACCGCCGCUCGGUCGCGGGCGGACCUCCUCGUUUCGGGCAGCAUCGCCGAGGGCAGCACCAGCCUCGCGAGGCGCGGCUUUGACGGCCUCAGCCGGGUGUUCGCCAAGAUGAGCAGCCGCAGCUCUGCGGAGGCGCGCGACGUCUCUGGAGGCGAGGCGUCGUCAUCGGCGUCGGUGCAGCAACAGGUAUGA